CACAAAUCUGCUUUAUUCAUUUAUGGGUACUUUUACAGCCCUGGUCCUAGAGAGCCGUUUUCCUGCUUAUUUUAUCCAACUAUUUUUUCCUGCUCUAACACACUCGGGGGGUUUAAGGGUUUGCCUUUACAUUAGCAUGUCCUGCUCCAAUACACACACACACAGUCCUGCUCCAACACACAGCUUCUGAGUGACUGUUAAUCAGCUGACUGGGUAAAUCAGGAGUGUUUGUGCAGGAUUUUGAAGUCCAGGCCUGACGGCCCAUGACUGCAGUUCCAUGUUUUCACUGCUCCAAAUCUAGUUGAGAAAUACUUAUGGCAGGUUUGCUAACUAGCAUGCAGGCUUGGGUGUACCUGGAGCAGAUAAAACUUUAAAAGUUGAAGGACCUUCAAGGGCAUGUGUGGCUGCAGGCCUUUAUUCCACCCAGAAAGGCAAAGUUCAACUGGUGAAACAGGUGGAAUAAGGUCUGAAGAUGCUUGGUGUCAGACCUCUCGCCUGUUAUAGGACAUCAUGGAGCAUGCUGAGAAUCCCUCUACAAGUCAGCCACAACCAUAUACCAAGGCUGUAUAGCUGCUACACACUACACACAAAUAGGUGUCAAAAUAAGAAACAUGCACAUUUCAAAUGUACUCGUGAAAAAGCUCUUCUGUCACAAUCAUUUGAGCACCAGCAAGCUACAUUUUCUCAGGACAAUACCCAACCUCCAAAGUCUAGUUUCUCAGCCAGGAUAAAGCUCCAAACACGACUGGCCGUGACACUACUUGUUGGAGGUGCUAUAAUUGGCACCUGCUGGUUUGUGCAUGAGGAAAAGCAGCAGAAGCUGCAGAUGCAGCGGAUAGAGCAGUUGAGGAAAGUGGCCAUAGGUGAGGGAGACUUCUGCUUGCUGGACCACACUGGUCAGCGACGGACCAAAAAGGACUUCUUGGGGCAGUGGGUGCUCAUGUACUUCGGCUUCACGCACUGCCCUGAUAUCUGCCCUGAUGAGCUGGAAAAGAUGAGCAGUGUGGUAAAGCUGCUGGAGGAGACAAACCUGCACUGUGUGCAGCCGCUGUUUAUAACCGUCGAUCCUGAAAGAGAUGAUGUGGCUGCUAUGGCUAAGUAUGUCGGAGAUUUUCACCCACGGCUGAUCGGAUUGACAGGCACACCUGAGGAGGUAAAGGAAGCUGGACGAGCUUACAGGGUUUAUGCAAGUGCUGGACCCAAGGACGAAGAUGGAGACUAUAUAGUGGACCACACCAUCCUUAUAUACCUCAUCAAUCCAGAUGGCCUUUUCCUGGAUUAUUACAACCGAAUGAAAAAUGCCAUGCAAAUUGCUGAAAGCAUUCGUCAACACAUGAAGAAUUAUGUGAAGUUAUUCCCUGAACAGCGUUAAGUCUGAUACAGGGAGAUUUGAUUAUAUAUUGCAAAAUAAAGUGUACCUGGAUAUGGACUAGGCACUGAGUAAACAGACCAGUAAACAGAAACAGGCUAAACAGAAGAUAAAUAUGACUGACCUUUUUAAAAUGUGCCACUGAUCAACUUUUAAAAAAAAAAGACCAGAAUACAUUUUUUUUUUAUAUAAAAAUA